GUAGUUACAUUUCUGUCAUCUCCUAACCCAAUCGUUGUGCCAUUCUGGAUCCGACGACUCUACAAUUCACUCCCUCAAAUCGGAGAGAAAACCGUCACCAAACUCACUAAUCAUCUUCAAUUUCUCUACUGCUUAUAUCAUACGCACCUUUCAAAACCCUAAUUUUCAGAUCUAUUCGGUUCUUCGAAUUCAGUUACUGUAAUUCGUCGAUCGUCAACUGCUUGUGUAGAAAUGGCGGUCAAUACGGAUCAAUUUGAACUCUACUUCAAACGAGCAGAUGUAGAUCAAGACGGACGCGUUAGUGGCUCUGAAGCUGUUUCGUUCUUUCAAGCGUCUGGUUUACCUAAGCCGGUUCUCGCUCAGAUAUGGACAUAUGCAGAUCAAAAUCGAAGUGGUUAUCUUGGCCGAGCAGAGUUCUACAAUUAUCUGAAACUCGUAACUGUUGCACAAAGUAAGCGAGACCUUACUCCAGAUAUUGUGAAGGCAGCACUAUAUGGACCCGCUUCAGCUAAAAUUCCUCCCCCUCAGAUUAAUCUACCUGCUUCUACUCCUCCUCAGCCAAAUCCGAACAUGGUGGGUUCAGCAGGAAAUGGUAUAAGGGGCUAUUCACCACAGCAAAGUCAAGUCAUGAGAGCCAAUCCCAUAGUGCCAGGUGGAGGGGCAAACAUUCACAAUAAUUCACUGACAAGUGGAGUGCAUGCACAAGUUUCCAGUACUACUAGUAGCUUGUUGCAAAAUGCUAAACCAAAUGGUUCGGCUGCUACUGUGCCUGCACCUAAAGAUUCAAUCGCUCGUGGCGUUUCAGGAAAUGGGUUUGCAUCAUUUGGUGAUGCUGUCUCAUCUCAAGCAAGUUUUUCAUUGCCUGUAUCUGCUGGUGGGGCCCAGUUACCCACUAAACCCUUUCAAAGUCACCAACCUACUGCUAAUCAGAACCACCAAACACACCCGAAUUUUAGACAUAAUCAGCAAGCUGCUGGAUCUACAUUUCCCCCUGUCAGGCCUGAAAGUCUUCCUUCUUCACAACCGUGGCCAAAAAUGUCACAGACCAGUGUUCAAAAGUAUACCAAGGUUUUCAUGGAAGUAGAUACAGACAGAGAUGGGAAAAUUACUGGUGAACAGGCACGUAACCUUUUCUUGAGUUGGAAGUUGCCAAGAGAGAUCUUAAAGCAAGUGUGGGACUUGUCUGACGAGGACAAUGACAGCAUGCUUUCACUCAAGGAAUUUUGUAUUGCUCUAUACCUUAUGGAGCGGUUCAGGGAAGGCCGUCCUCUUCCUAAGGUGCUACCACCUAAUAUCUUUGAGGGUCAAACACCUGCUGCUUCACAAUGGAGACCUUCGCCAGGCAUCCAACAAGCACAUGGGAUGACAGGCCCACGUCAGGUGGUUUCUGUUGCAGCAAGACCACCUCGUCCAGUUCCGGUUCCAAUACCUGAGGCUGAUGAGCAGCCUAAACAGCGUAAGCAAACAGUUCCUGUGCUGGAGAAGCAUCUAGUGGACCAACUUAGCACUGAAGAGCAAAAAUUAUUGAAUUCUAAGUUCCAGGAGGCAACUGAGGCAGAUAAAAAGGUGGGUGAACUCGAAAAAGAGAUAUUGGAAGCUAGACAGAAGAUUGAGUUCUACCGAAACAAGAUGCAGGAAAUUGUGUUGUACAAGAGCAGAUGUGACUCUAGAUUAAAUGAGAUCACAGAAAGGGUUGCCAGUGAUAAAAGAGAGGUUGAAUCACUGUCAAAGAAAUAUGAAGAGAAAUACAAACAGUCUGGUGAUGUAGCUUCUAAGUUGACUAUUGAGGAGGCAACAUUCCGUGAUAUUCAGGGUAAAAAGAUGGAUCUUUACCGAGCAAUAGUCAAGCUUGAUCAGGAUGGAAAACCUGAUGAGAUUCAGGCCCGUGUUGAUAGCAUUCAAGCGGAUCUUGAGGAGCAAGUAAAAAUGUUGAAUGAGCGCUGCAAAAUGUAUGGAUUGCGUGGGAAACCAACGUCCCUGCUUGAGCUGCCUUUUGGAUGGCAAAGUGGCAUUCAAGAAGGAGCAGCUGAUUGGGAUGAAAAGUGGGAUUCGUUUGAAGAUGAAGGAUUUACAUUUGUGAAAGAGCUCACACUUGAUGUGCAAAAUGUGGUAGCACCUCCUAAGCUAAAGUCGCACGAGAGUAAAUCUACAUCCCGAGACGGUGCAACUACAGUUCCAGCCGCAUCGGAUGCUGAUAAGUUGACACCAGAUAGUGACAUGAAUGAGAAAGAUAAAGAUAAAGAGAAGAAGAUGGAGAGGGAGAAGGAGAAAGAGAAAGAGAGUCCACCAAACAGCCCAGCAGCGAGUAGCAAGGAACCAGAAAGCCCACCAAACAAGAUUUUUCAUGAAAAAACACAAAGUGAACAUUCAGAUGUUCCGUCGGUUAUUUCUGGUGACAAAGAUUUUGAUGAGGCUGGUUGGCCUUCAUUUGACACAAGUUAUGACUCAGAUGCAGCUUGGGAUUCCAAUGCUACAAAGCCUAAUAAGGAGGAGAGUACACAAUUGUUUGAUGGAUGGGGUGGCCUAAACCCUAUAAGAACAGAGGUUCCGAAGAAGGCGACGUUCACGUUUGAUUCUGUUCCUGGCACGCCCUCAUACAAUUCCUCCCCGCCUGGAGACAGCUUGUUCCAAAACCAUGGCCUAUUUUCUUCAACUUUUGAUAGUUCGGUUCCCAGCACACCUGCUUACAGUUAUGCUGGUUCUCCUAGACAGCAACCCUUUGUUUCUGUAUUUGCCGACUCAGUUCCAAGCACUCCCAUGUAUGCUACCAACUCACCUCGGGAAGACCACUCGUUCACCAAUAACUUCUCAAGAUUUGACUCUUUUAACAGCACUCCUAAUGAUGGUGGACUCUUCCAAUCUCGGGACUCAUUUUCAAGAUUUGAUUCAUUCCGCAGCACCGCUCAAGAUUCCGAGUAUGACCACAACACCCUUGCUAGAUUCGACUCCAUGCGCAGCACUACUGUCGAUUCUGAUUUCGGCCAUUCAUUGUUCCAAAACCCGAAUGAUUCAUUCUCAAGAUUUGAUUCCACGAACGAGUCAUCUGAUUUUAGUCAUGGGUUCCCAUCAUUUGAUGAUGCGGACCCAUUCGGAUCAAGCGGCCCCUUCAUGUCACAUGACCCGUUCAAGACAACAGUGGAGAGUGAAACUCCAAGAAGAGAUUCGGUAGAUGGUUGGAAGGCGUUUUAAUUAAUAUUCAUGCUCGGGUUUUGAGUCUUGUAUAGGUAAGUUUGCUUCUUAUCUUUGUUUGGUUUGCUUGAUUGUUUGUUUGUUUUUGGAAAUCGCAGAUUCUACUUUUAGAGCUAUCAAACUGCCGAUUGAUCUGUUUUGAGAUGCAUAAGGUUAAAACCAAUGUAAAACUAAAAGAACCUUCUCUAUUAAAGCAAUUCCUCUAGAUGUACCUUAAUUACUUUUGGGAUUUAA